AUGGCUCCACCUCCACCUCCUCCACCACCUCCCCCAGGCGGCGGUCCCCCUCCCCCUCCUCCUCCUCCCAGCGGCGGCGGCGCUCCUACUGCUCUCCCACCAACAGCCUCCAAAGACAGAAACGCACUCCUAUCACAGAUCCAAAGUGGAGCCCGACUCAAGAAGGCCACUACCAACGAUCGCUCUGCUCCUGCUGUCUCAACGCCAAAGUCUAGUGUUGGUGGCGCUGGAGCGUUACCGAGACCGCCUGCAAUAGGCGGCAUUGCAGCACCGACAGCAGGAGCAGGAGCAGGAGCAGCAGGAGGAGGAGCUCCGCAACUUGGAGGGCUCUUUGCUGGAGGCAUGCCGAAGCUCAAGAGUCGAAGCGGCGGAUUGGACACUGGAGCUGACCAUGGUACAAGUUACGGUUCAAGCAAUCAUGGAACACCCGCAAGAGAACUCCCCAAACCAACAGAUCACAGUGCAGGAAAACCAGUAACACCCACCAGAACACCGCCACCACCCGCUCGCCAGACACCCAUGACCCCAACACCCUCAGCCUCAGCUGCACCCUCCCUCCCAAACAGAAAUUCGUCAGGCAGAUCGGUCCCUGCUCCACCUAAUGGCUCCUCUUCCUCAGGAAGCGCUCCUGGAGGGGCAGUUCCACCAGCACCUGAACGAACAUCCUUUUUUGCGACUCCCGCAAAUCUUUCAAGGCCUCCAGCACCGCCAUCACGAAAGACAGGAGGAGUACCUCCUCCACCUCCCUCUAGAACCAACGGAUCAUCGCCUGCUCCUCCUGCGACGCCUUCUCGACCAACACCAGGACUACCUAACCGGGCACCGCCUCAACAACCAGUACGAGCCUCACCGCUACGUCCUCCUGCUGCCAAUGGAUUGCCGUCGCCCAUUGUCACUGUUACCCCACCCAACAGGACCCGUCCUCCACCUACCGCCCCUGUUGCUACACCACCUGUAUUCCCUGGAGCAGGCGGCAGACCUCGAUCUGGAUCUGCACCUCAACGACCUAUAACCACCGCCAUCAAAGCACCGGAACCACCAACCACAGAAGGUCGAUGGACAUUUAGAGCCGCCUCUGAUUUCCCAGCUCCCAUGUCGUUUCAGGAACAUGGACCCAAAAUAUACCCCAGUGGCAACUCUUCAGGGAGCGCCAUUCCUCUGGAUUUGACUGCGUUGGCUGGCGUCGCAGCAGGUCGAGUCCCACCCCCACCUCCUAUCAAUGGUGGCUUCCGCUAA